AUGCUGUUGUAUUUUUGCUUUUGGAUUUUCCUCAUCAAUGGUAUAAAAGGUGGAGAUAAUGAUAUAACAGAAUGUAAUAAAGCGGUGGGAGGUUUUCAACGACCAACUGUCGAACCAGGCCUAUGUGCACACAUCGAUUUACCUGCCUGUGCUGCUAUAUUUCCAUAUCAAGAUGCACCAGGGACAAUUUUAACUCACAGAAACCCAGGCGUGAGCUACAAGAUACCCGAAAACUGUACGCAUGCUUCUCUGAAAGAUUUUGCACAAAGAAAUUGCCCAAGUCUCUGCGCAUUCUGCUGUAAAGCAAAACAAUUUAACUGUGCCAAUGAAAAUCGAAAUGCAACAGCAGCACAAUCAAAUUGUCGCGACGACGACCAGCAAUGUUCAGAAAAUAGAAGAUACUGCACAAUAGAACCUUAUGCAACUGUAAUGAGAGGUAAAUGCCGUUUAACUUGUGGCCAUUGUCAGCCAUAA